AUGGAGUUUUCGGGGAGUGAUUCCUCAGACGACGAGUGCUGUUUCUCGGGGAACGGCGAGGAGUACUCCCACGACGAAGCCCCGAAGGCCUCCGAGGAGGAUGUCAGAACUGCCAACGUCAUCGCGGCUGAAGCAGUAACGUGUCUGGUCAUCGACAGAGACUCCUUCAAACAUCUGAUUGGUGGCCUCGAUGAUGUUUCCAAUAAAGCCUAUGAAGACGCAGAAGCGAAAGCAAAAUACGAAGCCGAAGCUGCCUUCUUCGCCAACCUGAAACUCGCUGAUUUCAACAUCAUUGACACUCUUGGAGUCGGAGGGUUCGGGCGAGUUGAGCUGGUGCAGCUGAAAAGUGAGGAGUCGAAGACGUUCGCCAUGAAAAUACUGAAGAAGCGGCACAUCGUGGACACGCGGCAGCAGGAGCACAUCCGCUCGGAGAAGCAGAUCAUGCAGAGCGCUCACUCGGACUUCAUCGUGAGGCUCUACAGGACGUUCAAGGACAGCAAGUACCUAUACAUGCUGAUGGAAGCCUGUCUAGGUGGAGAGCUCUGGACAAUUCUCAGGGACAGAGGUUCGUUUGAGGAUUCGACAACCAGGUUUUACACGGCAUGCGUGGUCGAAGCUUUUGCCUAUUUGCAUUCCAAAGGGAUCAUUUAUAGGGACCUCAAGCCAGAAAACCUCAUUCUGGAUCAUCGAGGUUAUGCCAAACUGGUCGAUUUUGGCUUUGCAAAGAAAAUAGGAUUUGGAAAGAAAACAUGGACUUUUUGUGGAACCCCAGAGUACGUAGCCCCCGAGAUCAUCCUGAACAAAGGUCAUGACAUUUCGGCAGACUACUGGUCCCUGGGAAUCUUGAUGUAUGAGCUCCUGACUGGCAGUCCCCCUUUCUCAGGCCCAGACCCCAUGAAGACCUAUAACAUCAUAUUAAGAGGAAUAGACAUGAUUGAAUUUCCAAAGAAGAUUGCCAAAAAUGCUGCUAAUUUAAUUAAAAAACUAUGCAGGGACAAUCCGUCAGAAAGAUUAGGCAACUUGAAAAACGGAGUGAAAGAUAUCCAAAAGCACAAAUGGUUUGAAGGCUUUAACUGGGAAGGGUUACGAAAAGGGACACUGACACCUCCCAUAAUACCAAGUGUUGCAUCUCCGACAGACACAAGCAAUUUUGACAGCUUCCCAGAGGACAGUGAUGAACCACCCCCUGAUGACAACUCAGGAUGGGACAUAGAUUUUUAAUGUAUUUCUCUUACCUGCUUCUGCCUUGCUGAAGACAGCUUCCUGGGACGUGGCUGCCAGCGAAACCGAACGAAAUGGGGAGGAUUAGUGCUCGGGGUCACCAUGAUGCCUUGAUUGAUGCUGCUACAGUAACUACAGUGGCAUUAGGACUUACCGCUUUAGAUGACGAUAGUGCUCUUCAUGUUUUAUGUUCGAACUUAAAACAGCAGUUGACAUGGUGGUCCUGACGCAAAGCCCUUCACCGGUAAAGAAACCCGUUUCCUAUCACUGCGACGACAGUCUUGCUACGCUCUUAAUUACA